AUGGCAUCUUUAGGAAAACUGGAAGUGAUUUUCGUUGUAUUUUUAAUCUUAUUGACGAUUAUCUAUGAGGUAAAUGGUAUUCGAAGCGGAAAUAUUCGUCGUAACCAUAAACUUCGUCGUCGACGAGUUUCAACACUUCACGAAGAACGAUUCCUGAAAUUCCGUUUCCUUUCCGAACCUUCCGACACUUUUGCUGUUAAUGGAAGGGUGAGGCUGAACUGCUCUUAUAUGUUGUCGAAGCAAAAUGGCGUUAGCUCAGUCACGGAUUGGUUUAAGGAUAAUUCGUUGAUUGGGGGGUCUGAUUCGCAUAUCAAAGUAAUCAAAUAUCAGAAUGCGUCUGCGGAAUUUGAAGAGCUCAACAAAAAGAUCGGUAUUGACGGGAUUUACUACUGCCGAGUUACAGUUAACGACGGAGAAAAUUCGUGGACAUAUUUGUCCAAGAAGGCAGUUGUUCGCACACCCUAUCUUAGCAGAUUUGAGAAACAGCCUAUUAAUACCGAUGCAGCUAUAGGAGACUCCGUAGUAUUUGAAUGUGCACUUUCUUCGUACCCACCAGCGGAAUUCGAUUGGUACCAUAACAAUCAGAAAUUAAACGCAGCUUCCGACAGGAGUGUCACAAUAUAUCCAGGAUCUUCUGUGGUUGAAAUAACAAACGUGCAGCCAUAUCAUCGAGGAAGUUAUCGAUGUCUUGCAAAUAACCAAAUUUUUAAUCGAUCUAGUGAAGAGUCAUAUUUGGAUGUCUCUAAUAAAGUUAAUAGCGCGAAGCGCCCAUUCUUUUCUCUUCUCCCGGAAGAUGCAGUUUUAAAGGAAGGCGAUUCACUUGUAUUAAGAUGCUUGAUUAAUGGCGUAUCUCCUUCGGAAGUUCGAUGGUGGAAAGGUCCUAGAAUACUUCAAGUCGAUGAAAAUAAAGUAUCAUACAAGGCCGACAAUGUCAAGUUAAGUAGAGCUGCAACAGUAACUGUAUCUGCCAUUCCUGUGAUUGAACGGGCUCCGAAGGAUAUAGUUGCUCAAGAGGCGACAGAUGCUGAGUUUGAAUGCAUAGUACGUGCAAGUCCAGGAGCGCAAGUCAGAUGGUAUAAAAAUGGAGAGGCCAUCAUAGCAAGCGAGUACUUUAUGGUUGAGGGAAAUCAUCUGAAAAUAAUGGGUCUAGUCCAAAAGGAUCAAGCGGUUUAUCAGUGUGUGGCGGAAAACGACAUAGGAUCUGCUCAAGCGAGUGCUCAAUUAAUUGUUGAAAGUUCUGGUAACUUUUAUUUUUUUAAUAAUCUUUUGCGGUAUAGUUAUGCUCAUUUCUCUGAUUUAAUCGUAAAUUGGUUUUAUUUUGGUUCUUUAAGAGAUAUUCAUUUGUUGUUUGGUGGUACUAACGCAGAAGCUGCUUGUUCUGUUUUCGAUAUGAGCUUUUUUCUGGCGAUUAUAGCAAGUUUGUUUGCGGACUCUCAUGUUACUUCAUUUCUUUCAAUUUUUAUAGAAGCACUUGCUGAGUAUUACCACGCUUACCCUUUGAAAAAUUUGUUAUGGACUUCGGACACCAAUUCUUCAGAUGAGAUGGAUGUAUUCAAUUGUCAGCAUUUAAAAGUGCAUACUCGUUGUGAGUUACAACUUUCAGUUUUUCUGACGUACAUGCGUGGCAGAGCUGAUGUUCAGUGGAGGGUGGAGGGGUGGAGGAAGGCUAGGAACUUUCAAGUUGCCGGAUCUGAUGGACCUCCCAAACUGCCAUCGGAGCCUCUAGGCCUCCGGUGGACUAAUAUUGGUAGUCGGUUCGUUACUCUUACCUGGGACCAACCAUUACAUCCUCACGGCUCGCUGAUUGUUUAUCAUGUAUAUUACAAAGAAAUUGGAUCGCAAAGGGAGAGGAAUGUCAAUUCAUCAACAACAUCGUGCACUGUUUUAUCGCUGCAGCCGAAUACACAGUACUUGUUUCGUGUAGUUGCGGUUAAUGAAGCAGGGCUUGGAAAAUCAUCUUCCUUUCUUUCGAUCAGUACGCCGAAAGAACAGGUUGUUCCUGGUAAAAUAAGGAAUUUGCGAGCUAAGGCUUUGGGAUCUGAAACUAUUGAAGUCACUUGGAAUGCUCCAGUUUCUGAUCUCCCAGGGACGGAAGUGCACAAUUACAUACUUUUCUACAUACAGACAAAUAGUGGGAAUUCUGAACGGGAGACUCAGAUAACGACUGAUAAGACCUUUUAUGUCUUACGUGGGAUGGCGAAGUAUUCCGAGUAUAGGAUACGCGUUGAGGCAGUUGGACCGAAUGGGCCUGGUCUAAGUUCUGAUAGUGUCACAGUGCGAACAUUUUCUGAUAUACCGUCUGGAAGUCCUACCAAUGUCAGGGCUUAUGCGUUGUCCAGGAGCUCUGUCCAGGUAAUGUGGGGUCCAGUAAAGCUUGAAGACCAAAAUGGCGAAAUAACAGGGUACCGAUUAAAAUAUAAAUCGAAACAUCGUAAUAGCAAACCGGCUCCAAUAACUGUCGACAAGGGGAAGUUAACCUAUGUGAUUGAUGGACUGGAACCUGGAGUUGAAUAUACAAUACGGUUGGCAGCUAUAAAUGUGAAUGGCACGGGGCCGAUUUCUCAGGGUUACAAAGUUUCGACAUUAUUAGAAGAUAAGGAUGAAAGUCAUGUACCGCCUCCUCCUCAGAAACUUAUUUUGCAUUCUUCCUCGAAAUCUAUCUUGGCUAUGUGGGAUCCGCCGGCUGACUCACGGGUUAUGGUUCGAAAUUAUCAGCUUGGUUGGGGUCCUUUAGUUCCUGAUGUCCACCAAAUAGACCUGGGCAUCGACGCGCGCAACUACACCAUCAAAGAUCUGGAUACUAGCAGAGAAUAUGUUGUUUCUCUUCGAGCAGUUAAUAAUCAAGGUCCAGGGUUGCCUAUUUACGAAACUGCAGUCACAUCAUCCGGGAGUCUGGUAGAUACGUUUGCGGAUUCAAUCCCAAGUGCUUCUCUAAAGACUCCUGUGGAAGUCCGAGCAGAAACUCUUUCGUCUUCUGGCAUUUUAGUUUCUUGGACAGAUUUGGACAAUCCAUCGCCAGAAACUCGAGUUUACUCUGUGAAAUGUACUUCGAAUUCCGAAAGAGGUGCUGAACCGCGGCAGAAUAAAGUGAUGGCGACUCGAGUAAUCAUGGAAGGACUUUAUCCAAAUACCCAGUACGAGUGUAUGGUUCGCGUUCAUAGUGGCGAUUCUGUUUCAUCCUGGUCUAUGGCAGCAAUCAACAAAACUUUCCCGACCCCUCCCUCAAGUGCCCCCUGUGACUUAACUAUUAGUCCUUCGGAUAGUGAUCCUCAUACGAGUCGUAGCAAUUCACAUUUGGACUAUUUAGAAUAUCUGCUUUAUUACACGCAUGAGCCCGAUCGACCAAAUGAAGAAUGGUACCAAACUACGGUGGAAGGAAACCAGAUGACGUACACUAUUACGGAUUUAUUGCCGCGUACAACUUACUACUUUAAGGUGCAGGCAAGGAACGUGAAAGGUCUUGGCCCACAGUCUAAAGUUAAACGGUUCGAUCCGGGAGCUCCAGCUCCAAGACAGUUCCAGGUGCCUCCAGCUAUCGAGACAUUGCCAUCGACAAAGUUCUUCUCAGACACAGCUCUCGUCAUUUUCGGCAUAGUUGCAGUAGGGUGCGUAGUGAUAUUGGUAGCUGUUGUCAUAUGGCGUGCAAAAACCAGAGACUCGCGAAAAGCAAAUUCUAGUGGCUACGUAGUUGGAAAGAAAUCGUUAAGUGAUGCGAAGUCUCCCCCUGAUUUUUGGAUUGAUCAGAAUCGCAGUCAUCAUGUUAAAGACUUCUCUGGCGAUAGUCCUUCUGCGUCAUCCGCUGAUUUGAAGCGGGUUGGGAAUGGUGGUGACAGUGCUCCUCCUCGUUAUCAAAGUCUGCAAGCUAAUGGCUACAACUCCAGUCGUCAUAUAUCCUCUGCACUUGGAGCAUAUGGUAGCUUAUCUACUGCAGCGAUAAGAAGCUUGCCAGAGCCUUCUGAACGUAGAUUGAUUGGUGUUGCAGAAGCAAUCCCAGCCUGCCCUCCUAAAUACAGUGGAGAUUGCGAGAGCAAUGGUACUUUGACGAGAAGCUAUCACCAGUCUUCUUCAAGCUUAGAGAGUCGUCAGAGGACACCACAAGUCAUCUAUAGUGGAUCAAAUAGAUAUUUGGUUUGUUUUGUCGAAAUACUUAAACCUUCUCAAUUUGUCGCUUUAAUAGGAGGUUCGUUGCAGCCAUCAACGAAAGUGGAAUAUUCUGAUCAUGGAUCUUCGUAUGGUUCUUCGCAAGCUCUACAUGCUCAAACUCCUCCUCCUCAGUUACCAAAUCAGGGUCCGCCUCCAGGACCGCCGUCACAAAUGUCAGAUGGUUAUCGUACUCUGCGCAAUAAUAGCUCUAACCCCUUGAAAUCAUUUACGCAACUUGCUGGUGCGCCGCCUCCUCUUUCGCCUUCACAGGGCGAAGGGGCCACGCAAAUUGUAAGGCCAGUAGUGAUAGCUUCGCCACAUUCAAGGAUCAAUAAGCCAGCAGGUAUAGUUAUUGGUCAUAAGAGUUCUCAAGUUCCAGUUGGUCGGGCAACAGCUCAGCCUCGUGUUAAUGUGAAUAACCUUUAUGCUCCUUUCGUGCCUUCUGGGUUUUCGGAAAAAACCGCUUUGAAAGCAGGGGCUGAUAAUCGUCUCGAAACGCAGCCACUUCAGCAGUCUAAUUCUACAGAGGAACUGAAUGCCCAGAUGGAAAACUUGGACACCAUGAUAGAUGACUUACAAGCCAUGCAGCAUGAGUUCAAUGCUUCAUCUUAA